GGUAAUAUUAGCAUAAGUUAGGUGUCUGAAAUUGCAAAGCCAAAACACGGCCGCUUUCGAUAUACCGCUUUCGAUAUACAGUAUUCAAGCUUAGCUUCCUCGCCGUGACAUGCAAAAGAAAUUGAUCAAAUUCUGCAACAAACACAUAUACAGCUAUAUAAAAACAGGGUUUUCUGUAGCACUUCGUUUAAUGUCGGCUUGUUUCUUGAAGUCUAUCUCUUGUUUUGCUUUGGGCUUUGAAUUCUCUUCAAAUUGGUUUGAUUUUUGUUUUCAAGUUACUGAAAGAAGUGGAGCUAAUGAGUUCGUCCACCGCUGAAGCUUUUCCAGUAGUUCUGGAAACGUUGCUGGAGUUUCGUGCUGGUAAAAUGUUGUUAGAAGGAAAAAGGGUUGUCCCCGAUACGCGUAAAGGACUCGUUCGCAUAGCUAGGGGUGAGGAGGGACUGUUGCAUUUUCAGUGGCUUGAUCGUGCUCAAAAUGUUAUUGAAGAUGAUCAGAUUAUUUUUCCUGAUGAAGCUGUCUUUGAGAAGGUUAAUCAAGCAUCAGGCAGGGUUUACAUAUUAAGGUUCAAUACCGAUGACCGGAAGUUCUUUUUUUGGAUGCAGGAGUCUAAAGCUGAAGAUGACUCACUAUUAUGUUUCUCAGUCAAUAGUUUCAUCAAUCAACCUUUAGAAUUCCUUGGUCUACCAGAGCCUGAUGGAUCUGCAGCUUUGCGAGUGCUUGAAGAGAUGGUAGAAGAUGAUACUUCAUCAAGAGCCGGAAACUUGACUGUUACAAACAUAGGUGCUGAAGCAAUUAGUGAUGUAGCUUCUUCAUCAGGGCCAGUUAAAUUGGAAGACUUGCAAAGAAUAUUGAACAGUAUCGGGCCAGCAGAGAUAGCUGGUGAUCCAGAUGGAGGUGAUGGUUUUGCUUUUUUAUAUUUAAUAGUAUCUGGCUUAGGGUUAGAUGACAUUUUGAAGCCAGAUUUGAUAAUGCCAUUGAUUGAGACAUUGUUGUUGGAAGACCGAUUAGCUUCAUAUUUACCUGAGGGCCGAUGGACACCAGAGGAUAUGUUGGAGUUGCUGCAGAGCCCACCUUUCCGUCAACAAGUAGAUUCAUUUACUUAUGUACUUCGAACAGGACAGAUAGAUUUGUCUCAGUUUGGUAUCGAUCCAAGUAAAUACAAGUUCACUGUUCUGUCUUUCCUCGAGGCUCUUGAAGAUUCGGUUUCCAAAAUGUCCGAGUCAGGAGAAACACAGCUAGAUGACAAGGAUUUAAGACCUCAACCAUGUAAUAAUAAAGACGACCCUAUGGAUGAGAGUAAGUGAAGGAGAUAAGUGGUUUUUUCUCACCCUCCUUGUUUAUUAUGGAAGAUUUCUUUUUUUGUUUUUCCUUAUUUUCUGGGGUUGAGUGGGUGCACUUCUCAAAUACCUUGCUUUCCUUGAAAAAGGAUGCAAGUGAUGUAUUUUUAAUAUAUUUAUGAGUUUGUUUUUAUACAUUGUCAAUGUGAGUUUUUAAUUUUAUAAAUGAAAAGA